GAAGUAUCUAAGUGGGUGAUCACUCAAUGCUGGAUCUGUCAUUUUGGAUGAAAAGCAGACAGUCACCUUUUUUACACUAAGUGAUGCUGGCAAACGGGAAGCAGUGCUCAUCACCUCAGUUUAUUGCCACUCUGAGGUCACAAACGGUCUUCGAAAAAGCUGAUGUCCAGCUCAGCUGCACAGUAACAGGUUUCCCAGAGCCAGUGGUAACGUGGUACAAGAAUGGCAGAACUCUUACAGAUUUAGGAGGAUGUGCUCAAUGCGAAACCUUAAUGGACGGCUACAUCCACACGCUUCACUUAAGCAAAUGCACAGAAAAGGAUGCUGCAGUUUACCAAGUGUCUGCACAAAACACUCAAGGCAUGAUAAGUUGCUCUGCAGUGUUGGAAGUGGGUAAUUUCAAAAGAAUGCACAUUUUCAAAACAUUGUUCCAACAUACACAGAGUAACAACAAACCUCCACUUGAACCAGAAACCAACACUAACAACAAGCCCUCAAUGAAAACAGAAAAGGAAAGCCAUGAAGAUUCUGAUAAGGAAGGAAGCUCCAUAGCAGCUUUUACUAAUCGUUUAUCACAGGCAUCCCUUAAUGAGGAGCAGCCAUUGGAUAUCUAUGUAGAUAUCGUCGAGAGGAGAAGCACUACAAGUAACACUCGAGAUUUAGUGCAGGAAGAGGAGCUCACCACUGCACCGCAGAUUAGUAGAGAGAGCUCAGUUAGAAUGAAUGAUCAGCAGGCAUCUUUCAGUUAUUUAGUCAAAGAAAGCAUCAUCUGCAGUUCCCAGCUUCCAGAAGCUAAGACAUACCACAAACUUGAAGAAAGUGACUUGGCAGAACCUGUCGCUACAAACGAAACACCUGUUGGCUGCAGAAAAAUGUCUGACGUAAAUAUAGGCAGCAAGGCUGAAUACCACCCAGAGACUGAUUCCAAAAAUGGUUUGUGUGUUCCUACAGAGCUGGCUGUUUCUGAGCACUGUGUCACAGAUGAUGACUUUCGUUGUGAUCAUCUGGAAGAUUUUGAAUGUUCUGACCACAUGACGGAAUAUGCCAAUUCAGUCUGGCAGGCAAGGCUGCAGGGAAUUGAGCUGCCAACUUUAAAAGAAAGUGACUACCCUGAUGAUGUACUAAGAUUAAGGAAGGGCCACGGUGUCAACAGCACAGAAAAGCCAACAGAGGCCAGAGUAUCGAAUGACAGCUCAGAUAUGGAGGCAACCAAUGGCCUCACUCGAGAUAUGUUGAAGGCAGAAGAGCCAUCUGUUCAAGAAGCCCCAUCUAAAGACUGCCAGCCUGGAAAACACGCAGACAUGGUGCAUAUAAUCACGGCCCACCAGAAGGACUUGGCUACAAUAAAAACACAAGAGCUUACAGCCAUUGCCAUUCAAAACAAAGCAGAAGAAAGGAACUGUUUGACUGAACAGAAGGAGGAGGAAAUGAGGGGUGGCCUUGCUGAAACAUCCAUGGAGAGAGAGAGGAUAGACUCCACUUCUAAUCUGAAAGUAUAUGCCAAAGAGGUAAGCUUGGAAAUAGAACUUGUAGCAAAGGAGAAACAAGGGCAGGAAGAAAAUCUCUGCCACAAAGAAGAGGAGGAGCGCGUUUGCUGCUAUUCUAUUAAGCAGGACACAGAGAAGAUGGGACAUUCAGAUUCUGUUGUCACUAAAGAAAAACACAUCAGCCUCACCCGUGGAUCUGAACAAAGUUCAGGCAUUGCAGUGCAAGAGAACAAUCGGCUUCGACAAAAGGGAAGAGCUUCUGACUACACAUCAGAGUGGGACGAGCGCACCCUGGCAGACAAGCAAGCAGCACCAAGUGAACAGCAUGGCACAGACGUCUCUGAUGUGACAAGGCCAAAAACACACCAUAAUAAAGAUUCAGAUUCCAGUGAUACGCAUGGAGAUGCCCACCCUGUUAGACAUUCAGAAAAGAGCAGCAUGGAAUCAGGGAAGCAAACCUCCUUGUUUACAAAGAACAAAAUAGAACAGAUGAUUCAUCGGAAUUCACACAGCAAGGAAUAUAAAGUAAGUGACCAGCUACAGCGUCUCUUAGAUAAUUUACAGCAAGGAAAGCCCGAAAAAACAGAGGUCACCAAUGAACCUGGUACACCUAUUCUUGAUCUCGGGAUUGACAACAAGAUACUGAUAACCCAGAAAUCUGAUUAUGAUAGUGACGUGAGCCUUCAACUAACUGGGAACCUUGACACAGAAGGGCCAAAGAAACCAUGGGAGAGCUUAAAAGACUCUGACAAGUUUAGCAAAGACAAUAAGCAGUUAUGUGCUCACACUCAGGUGGAAGACACUACAACUCAUUAUGGGCUGUUCAAGCCAGAUAAGUUUUAUAGCAAGCAAGACAUCAUCCCAAAAUUAGAGUCACUGUGCAGAAAUCACUGUGGAUGCUCUUCCAUUAAAGGAGAAAGCUUUAACAAAUCUAGUCUCUACAAUGAUAUAAAUACUCAGCUUUCAGAAACUUCAGAGGAGAAAACACCUAGGACCAUAAGUGCUCCUCUCAAUGAAAUGACAGAAAUGGAACAACUCAAGACAGACAAAAACAAUGAUAACAUCGAAAAUGAAAUGUUAGGAGUCAUUUCACAGCAUUUCAAAGCAGAAAAACUAAGGAAAACUCAGAGGGAUCCUAUAAAAGGUUUAAAAACUGAUCAAAAUUUAAAUUGCAGUCCACACACAAUUCUCGAUCAAUCUCAGAGUAACAAAAGGAGCUCUAGGAAUUCAUCUAAACAAAAGGAAGAUUUAACGUUUUUAUCAGGUCUGCAGUUCAACACAAAUGAGACAACAAAAGAAGAACCACAGUGUAGCCCUCCACAAGAAGACCUAGUCCAAACUGAAAUUUUAAAGAAUAUAAAACAUGAGAGUAUGGCAGUAAUGCAAUCUGCUUCAUCAAAUUGUUGUGUAAAGUUCACUAAUCCAGAAUUUAUCUACCCUCCUUUCUCAGAAACUUCUCUUGGUGAAACUCAGAUGCCCAUGAAGGAUGAUCAUUUGUCUGCAUAUGAUAAAACACCAUCAUGUAAAAAAUCACAAGCUGUAAAGUGUCCUAAUAAGACUUCUCAUUAUUUUAGAGAUUCAGGUUUAAACAAGGCAGCAGCUGAGCACACAAUACAAUCUACAAAAAUAGGGAAUUCCAAAUUUAAAGUCAUUACAAUGAACAUUGGAAACACAAAAGACGAAGUCUCUGUGCAGGAGACAAAAUCCAAACAUGCUUCACAGAAAUCAGGGCUUCAGAAUCCUGAGAAUGAUACUAAAAUGACAGGUGUACCGGUACACCUCCAGGAAGAGAGGCCAACAAGUACUUCCCGGAAAGGCACCGUUCACAACAAGCAUCCAUCAUCUAGGUCUAGUUCUAAAGAAUCUCAGCCUGCCCUGGCUAAACCUGCCCUUGAAAUUUCUUUAAAUUGCCCUCCACCAAAAAAAGAUGACAAACAAAAGGUACAUGGUAAUGGUCAGCUGCCUACUAUGCUGCCUAGAAAACUUGAGUCAGCAGGAGGUUCUGAAACUCAACAGAAGGGCCAAAAACUAGAAAGACAAUCAAGCGAUUUUGAUUCUUCAUGCGGAACAAAAAAAGAACAAAGUCUGAAUAAGUUAAGCGGCGGAAAAGUAAAAUCCACAGCAAAAUCAAAAGUCAGAUUACCCAAAGAAUCUCAAGAAAGUAAAGUAUCUCCUGUAAGAGAAGUGGAGAAUGUUGAGAAAACUAGCUCAAAGCUCAAAGGACAAACUGCUCCUGCAACAAAACUUCAUGAUAAAGCUUCUACCAGCAAUUCCUCAGUCGUAAAAAAUGUAAACCUUGUUAUAGACUGUGCCCAUUCAAAUGAUAUGGGCAUUCCCUUAAGAACACAAGGAAAAAUCAUGUCAGAGCAGAAAAUCUCACACUCGGUGGGUGAAGAGAUGCCCGCUGUCCCUAAGCCACAUGUGCACCAGGGUAGUGAAGAACUCGCCAAACAUGUGCGUGUCCCAGAUGACAAAAACAUGGCUGGCCUAGUAGACAAGAAAAGGCAGAAACAGUGCGUGGAAGGAAAUGAACACAUCAAGCUGAAGAAUAAAGAAUGUCAAAGAGCCGCCGGACAGACAAGUCACAGGAAACAUCAUCAAGAUGAAAUACAGACCCAGAAACCACCAGGGAAACAAGAAGACAAAGCUCCUAUACUGCUCCAGAAUAUCCAUGCAGAAACUUUUGCCAACGAUUCUGGAAACAUCAAACUUUGUUGCCAGUUCAGCCACAUCUGUGCAGACUCCACUAUAAAAUGGACUAAAGACUCCAUGAUUUUGGCUAAAAUACAGCGCAAGGCAGGAGAUGAGAGCCCAGUGUCUCUGGCCAUCGUUCAGGCAACAGCCAAAGACCAUGGGGUGUACCAGUGCCAGUUGAAGAACAGUUGCGGCAAGGCGUCUUCAGAGUUCAACCUGACCACAGAAGCACUGAAUAAUCUCAUACGUCAAAAGAACCUUGAAGGAGGAGAAGAAAUUACAUUUGCACAGCUGAUGUUUCGUGAAGAUUUUCUCAACGACCAAUAUUUUGGAGAUAAUAAGCCUGGCUGUAUUGUGACGGAAGAAGUGCAUUUUGGGGAAGGAUUACACCGGAAAGCUUUUCGGACUACUGUUAUCAACGGCCUUGUGCCUGUUUUUAACCCAGGACAUCCUUGUGUCUUAAAAGUGCAUAACGCCAUUGCAUAUGGCACCAAGACAAAUGAUGAGCUCAUCCAGAAGAACUACAGGCUUGCAGUACAGGAAUGCCAUGUUCAAAAUACAGCAAGAGAAUAUAUUAAAGAAUACAAAACUGAAGCAACAAAUACAGAUUCCUUUGGUGAAGUCCCAGACAUCAUUCCAAUCUAUCUAAUCCAUCGCCCUGCUAAUAAUAUCCCAUAUGCCACUCUGGAGGAAGAACUAAUUGGAGAAUUUGUCAAAUAUUCGGUGAAGGAUGGCAAGGAGCUGAAUGUGAUGAGAAGAGACUCAGAUGCUGGCCAAAAGUGCUGCACCUUCCAACACUGGGUCUUUCAGAGGACAGGAGGCAACCUUCUCAUCACUGACAUGCAGGGUGUUGGAAUGAAGCUCACUGAUGUUGGAAUAGCAACCUGCGGCAAAGGAUACAAAGGAUUCAAAGGGAACUGCGCCACUUCAUUUAUUGACCAAUUUAAAGUCCUUCACCAAUGUAAUAAAUUCUGUGAACUCAUGGGGCUGAAGCCUUUACUGAGCAGCCAGCCAAAAACAAGAAAAAUGGCUGCAGCAACAGUAAAAACAAAGGUGCAGCCAACGCCAAAGAAUUAUAUAUUCCCACCUCUCAGCAAAAAUAAAGCAUAAUGGAGGAAGAACUAAUGCUGGGAAUACUCUCAGAACUAAAUGACUCUCUGAAAAAGAAAUGUUUUGCUGUAUCAGCAUGAAAUAUGACUUGGAGGUAACUGGAGCUUUGGUGUCAUCUAAAGAUGGAACAGACAGCCAUCCCAGUCAUCUCAUUUUUUACUCUGUGUAGCCAGCAUUGUGUUCAUGACGAGGCUUUUAUGACUUUGUGGUGUUCAUGACGAGGCUUUUCUGACGUUUUGCAAAGAGUUUCCUGCAUGCACUAGAAAAAAAGCAUCCAUAAGAGGGACUGAGGGAUUUUAUCUGUUUGAAAUAGCCGCAGUCAUCAUUAUUGGAAUGUGAAUGGAGGUUUGUUGUGAAGACACUUUGUAAAAGUGCUUUAAGCGUCUGCGAAUGGAGAACAUAUAACAAUAUACUGUAUAAAAUAUGUGACAGAAAUGUAUCCCCCGUCCUUGCACUCUUUGCUGCCAUGUUGGGCCCUCAUUAUGUAUCACAAGUGUGUUAGGGAAGUUCAUGAAUGAUUUUUUUUGUAUUUUUUGCAGUAUUGGAAUUGUUGUUAUUUUUAUUUUGUGACGCCAUUUUGUGGUCAGUUUUCCUUGUGGGCUCUGCCAUCUUACAUACCAUUUUCAUGGACACAGCCAUAUUCUUGUUGAUGAUGUCCAAUGCCAGUCUCCUAAAUACAUGGCGUCAGAACAAUUUGACAUCGUCAUGCUGCUACUAUAAAAGAUGAUGGUGAACUCAGUGUCCAAUUUUUGAAUCGGCUAAAUUAAAGCAACAGUUUUGUGAGACGAGAAAGGAAAAUGAUGAAGAGAUUAUAGUAGGAGACAUUUUUGGUUAAGCUUAUUCAACAAAUUUCAAUUUUUGUUUUGACCUUUUUUGCUCAGUUACUUGUGUUACUGUAGUAAUAAACAUUUUUAUACUGUUGAUCCUGUUAUGUUUUUGUGUAUUUUGGGCUUUGACCUAUAAGGAUUCAUAUCUGACAUUUAUUUAACAUUGGAAUUAAGGCUAUAGAAGUUAAUUCCAGUAAUGUCUUAGUUUUCUUUAUUUACACAAUGCUGUUUUGAAGGUCAUGUGUCCUCAAUCAUUGUACCAAUGAUGUGGCAGAAGUAAUGCUAGAAAUGUGGCGGAGAUCACACUAUGUGUUAUCCCUCAGACAGUAAAACUC